UUUCGUAAUUUCACCAUAUCCCAAUUGGUGACAGAAGCAGAAACAUUAGACCAAUAUUUCUCCCUUGCUUUACCCUGUGUUGCCACCGCCGUUGCUGGCAGAAGAAGGAGCCCUAACUCUCUUCCUCUCCGGCGCCACCGUCUCGCAUACCCACCGCCACUAAACCGCCAAGCUUUAGAUUCCUGUUCCAGCUGUGAACCUUGCAUUGGAAACAUGGAGGAACAAGCUGCUGGGAAAUCACGCCGAGAGCGAAGGAAAGAAUCCCGAUUGGCCAAAAAUGCAUCAAAGCACCAAUCUUGGCUCAACCACCAGAAAUCUAGAGCUGCUAUUAAAGGAGGGAGUAAUGAUUCGGAGUUGAAAACUAAAAGUGAAUUAGACCAGUCAGUUAGUCCAAAUACCCAUGAAAAACAAGUUGUGAAGUUGGAAUCUUUUUCUGGGAAACAUGAGGCUGCUAAAGAAUACAAUGUGCCAGAGGAAAUUCGUGGCUCUGUACCGAAGAAAAUGAGCAAGGAUGCUCAAAGAAGUUUAAGGAAGAAGAGGGCUAAGAUGAGUGUGAUGGAUUUUUCCGUAGAGGACAAUAAGGAUAUAGAAUUGGAAAGAAAACUUUCCAAGAAGCUCAAGGUGAAGGAAGGAAAAUUGAGCGGGAUGGAUGAUGGGCUGAAUGUGUUACUUGAAGGAAUGUCAUCGUUUGCCGAUUUAAUGGGAGAAGGGGAGGAUUCCGAUACCGAUGAAUUUCCUGUGAAGCGGUUGAAGAAGAAGAGCUCGUCGAGUAAGAAGCAUAAGUUGUCAAAGGGAAAGAUUGAAGAACAAGUAUUAGAUGGUGCGUCGGGGCCUUUAGAAACUUAUAAUCAAGAUGUAGCAUCAGAAGUUCCUGACAGUGUACCUUCGAGGAAGAACCAUAAGAAAAGAAAAUCUCCAGAUCAACAGCUGGAAGAUGACGCGGAGCAUGAUGCCGGUGACAUGUCCAAGCCUCCAGAAUCCUGUGGGACAGAGGUCACAUCACAGGUUGCUCCUGCUGAAGUUCUGGUGAAGAAAGCAAAAGAAAAAUAUAUAGCACCUCACUUGAGAGCUCGCGCUGGCAAUGAACCUGAAGAGCAUACUCAAAUUCGAAGACGUGUGCGCGGCCUUCUUAACAGGCUUUCUGAAUCUAAUGUUGAAUCAAUUACUGGAGAACUGUCCUUGAUCUUUCAGUCUGUUGCUCGUAGUGUUGCAUCUCGGAUUACGAUUGAAGAGAUUUUAGCAUCAUGUUCUAGUGGCCCCCGUGGCAAUGAACAGUAUGCUGCUGUGUUUGCUGCAUUUGUUGCAGGAAUGGCCUGUUUGGUUGGUAUUGACUUCAGUGCAAAGUUUAUGGCUUCCUUUGCUAAAUGCUUUGAGGAUGAGUACCAUAAAGAAGACAAUCUCUCGUUGCGGAAUCUUACUCUUCUCCUAUCCUAUCUAUGUAUAUUUGGAGUCUGUUCUAGUGAUUUAAUAUAUGACUUUCUAAUAAUGCUGAGCAAGCGGUUAGCUGAGAUGGAUGUUUCUAUCAUUUUGGCGGUGUUACAAUGUUGUGGGAUGAAAAUAAGGGCUGAUGAUCCAACUUCCAUGAAAAAUUUCAUUCUUAGUGUUCAGAAUACGUCAAAUAAGUUGAAGCCUUCCUCUGGAGAUGACCAUGAAAAGAAAUACAGUAAAAGAAUGGAGUUCAUGCUUGAAACCAUAUGUGACAUCAAGAACAACAAGAGCAGGGCAAAAGAGGACCCUGCACAUCAUACUCGGAUUAAGAAGUGGUUACAGAAGAUAAGAGCUGUUGACAUUAUGAUUAGAGGGCUCAAAUGGAGCAAGUUGCUUGAUCCUGAUAAGAAGGGCCAAUGGUGGUUGUCUGGAGAUGUAGCUUCUGCAGCCGAUAAUGUUGAAGAAGUUGCUGACAGAAUAGACAAAGAUGUUCUUGAAACACAAAGAAUGCUGGAGCUUGCUGCUGCUCAAAAGAUGAACACUGAUGCCAGAAGGGCAAUCUUUUGUAUUAUAAUGAGCGGGGAGGACUAUCUUGAUGCAUUUGAGAAGCUUCUAAGAUUGGAAUUACCAGGCAAGCAGGACAGAGAUAUAAUGAGGGUUCUUGUGGAGUGUUGCUUGCAAGAGAAAGUUUUUAACAAGUAUUAUACAGUGCUGGCUGUGAAGUUGUGCGAGUAUGACAAAAAUCAUAAGUUCACUCUGCAGUUUUGCCUGUGGGACCACUUUAAGCGGCUGGAGACAAUGCCACUUCUGAGGUCAAUGCACCUUUCAAAGUUCGUGGCUGAAAUGGUUGCCUCUUUCACUCUCUCCCUUGCAGCUUUGAAGACUGUGGAUCUGAGUGAUAUCACCCUGUUAACACCAAAAAGGAUAAUGCAUUUCCGCAUUCUGUUUGAGGCCAUUUUCGAGUAUCCUGAGAGCUUGGUAUGGAAUAUAUUCACUCGUGCAGCAGUGACCCCUGAACUUGAAGGUCUUCGUCAAGGCAUUGAGUUUUUCAUUAAGGAGUACAUUGUGAAAACUAAUAAAGCUCUAACUCAAAAAUUUAAGUUGGCAAGAAGAGCUCUUAAUAAUAUGGAAGGGAUUCUGAUGUGAGUGUGAAUUUUAAAUAACACCCAAUUUUGUAGCUUAUAGCAGUGUCAAAAUUUAUUUAAAUCAUUCUUCUGGAUAUCCUUUUGAAUCAGCAUUGUGUUCAAAUAGUGAUAGUCAAAUAUGCAUAGCAGCAAGAAUAUGUAAUAUUACUUCGGUAAAGGCCUUAAUUUUAUAAAGCUGAGGUAAAUGCAUUGGUGAUGUUUCUA